UUUUUAACAACGAACUUUUAAGCGACGUGAACUUUGUGGUCAAACGUCGUCUGGUGAAAAUGACGAUCGGUGCAGUGUAAAGAAAAGUAAAAUGGUUAUUCCCGCACACAAAUUCGUGCUUUCAAUUGGAAGUCCUGUAUUUUUUGCCAUGUUUUACGGUGAGCUGGCAGAGAAGAGAGAUUCCAUUGAUGUUGUGGAUUGUGAAUACGAAAGUCUACUGGAAUUGUUUCGUUUUCUGUACAGCGACAAAGUGAAUUUCAACCCGAAUAAUGUCAUGCGAGUGUUAUACUUGGCCAAAAAGUCUCUUGUUCCCGCACUUGUGGAUAAAUGUAUUGAAUAUCUGGGACAGAUCUUGGAUGGUUCAAAUGUGUUUAGUAUGAUGGAUUGUUCUCGAAUUUUUGAGGAGAAAAGGCUUAUGGAAAAGUGUUGGUGCGCGGUUGAUAAAUGUGCUGAAGACGCAGUAAAAUCGGGUAGUUUCAUUACGAUUGAGAAGUCUGUGCUUGAAGCUUUGGUCGAGAGAGAUACACUAAUGAUAAAAGAAGUGGAAUUGUUCAAGGCAGUUGACAAGUGGGCAACAAAGGAAUGUGAAAGACAAGAAUUAGUAGCUGAUGGAACUGUGAAAAGAAGAAUUCUUGGAGAACGCAUUAUAAAGGCAAUACGCUUCCCUAUAAUGGAGCAGAGGGAGUUUGUAGCAGUUGUCCUUGACAGUGACAUUUUGACAUCAAAGGAGGUCUAUGAUGUGAUGAAAUAUCACAGUGCAGUGUUAACAUCUCCAGUACGAUUUCCAGAGACUAUAAGAGUUGGUAAUGCUCAUCGUUGUUGCAGGUUUGGCUCAGUGCAGGAGAGUGGAUGGUUUUAUGACCCUGAUUUGCAAGAUGGUUUAGUUUUCUCUGUGUCCAAGUCUAUCAAGUUGCAUGGAAUUUGCUUGUUUGGAAGCCAAGAUAACAAAUACACUGUCGAUGUGAAGAUUUCUCAACAUCCUUACCUGACUGCUAGAGAUGCUGCAAAUUCUUUCCCAGAUCUUGUAAGUCAGGCACAUUUGCAUCCAGUAGUAUCAAUGACAAUGCUCUGCAUUAUGAUGGUUUUAUGGUUUUGUUUGACAAGCCAGUUGUUAUUCUAAGCGAAGUUUCACAUUGUGUAAGAUCAGCCAUAUCUGGGCCUCCAUCAUGGUGUGGAGAAAAUGGUGUUGCUUCCCUUGAGUGCUCAGGUGUAACAUUCAAUUUUAAGGAGGCCACAGGAGACAAAAAUGGUACCAGUCCCAGACUGGGACAAUUUCCACAGUUUCUGUUUACCAUAGUGAAAUAACUGAUAUUUCAACUUUGUCUUACAGGGAAGUUACAUUAAUUAAAAGUGUUAUAGGCCUCUUCUCUUGCAGGCUGCAUGAAAGUGUUCUGUUAUAGAUUCUUAGCUUGGUUAUGGAGUUUUUUUAAAGUCUUAGAUUCCUGAUAAUUGCAUAAGACUGGACAUUUAGGGCAUGGUAGUACCUGGCUGUCCUUGUAAGCUGAUCUUAGCCCUUUGUUUAUGGAUUCAUAGUAUUUUCUUUGUAAGCAUAUGAUAUCAAGUAAUUUUUCACCCUCAUCCAGUAAUUUAAAGAACUUUGUUACUACUUUUUCUCAUUUUAAAGCUUAUAUGUAAAAUAAUACUUCGCUUUUUAUCUUUUAUGCAUAAAGAAACUUUGACCUAUUUGAAGAAAUAAAGAUGUUUCAACAACUAACAAUGAUGAACUGUUUCAAAGUAAUCAUAAUGGAUGGUUAUUAGACACAUGUUCAAAUAACAUUCACGGAUUGUACUCAGAGUGUAGUAACUAAAAUUCAACUAUGGUAGUUACCAUAAUAACUAGGGCAGCGUGGGAGGUACAGUCUUUGGCUUAUGUCUAGGUAGUACUCAGGUAUAAUAUGAUGAAGGUACAAUAUACAAAGCCCUUUCUGGUUUGAAAUUUAUGAUAUGAGGAUUUUUCUGGGUUAGAAAUUGAUGGAUGAAAGAUAUCAAUAAGAACUGUUUUUAGUACUGAAAAAACAUGCACCAGUAGCUUAGGAUUUCCCUUUUUUUGUGAAACAAUUGAAUCAGUCUCACUUACAAAUGUAAACUAACCCAUAUUACAAGUAGACCUCUCUCUGUUUAAGCACUUAAUCACUUAAUUCAUCCAUGAAAUUUUGUGAAAGAUGCAUAAAAAACAGAGAGAGGUGGAUGCAAAAACUGUGCGAAACUGAAUUCAAUUUGGCCUCAUUUGUACAGCCCCCCUGUCAGUAAAUGAAAAACAGGGUUCUAAAGAGUGCAACUUCUUUUACAGGAUUCUGCAAGUCAGAAAACAAUUAUUAUAACUUUAUUGCAUAACAAUACAAGUCAACUAUUUAAUAGUGUGACAAUUUUUUAAUUUCCUCAGUCUUCACAGGAACCUAAACUAACUUUAUCAGCAAGUGAAGAGGGUAAACAUAUAAAAUAUUAUUUUUUAUCAUAACAUCAAAAUGACACUCUUCAUUUCCCAUCUGUUUUCAGUAUACAAUUACAUGUAUGUUAAUUUGUAACUUUAAAAAUAACUUGCAAACUUUUGUCAUAGUGUCUUUAUUGAUUUUGAUAAAUCUGAAAAUAUUUUCAUAUAAUUUUAUAAUAAUUUCUGGACAAUCGCAGAACACUUAAUUUUACAAACUCAAAAACAAACUUUGAGCAACAGAUUAAAUGAGACUUUGAUAAACUAGCUUCAAGCAAACAGAACCUGGGAAAACAAUGUAACCUUAAAUAAACAAUAGUCAAUGAUAUAACAAACUUGUACAUGUACCUUGAUUGAUUCAUUCACCUUUAUAAAGGGUUGCUCAGGGAUAAAAGUGAGUGUGAGGUGAGGGGGAUUCUUGGAGUGGAGGGGUGAGGAAACUUUUCUGCUUUGUUUGGGGGGAGGGGAGGGGAGAUGAGUUCAGCAAUAAGAAAUAGCAUUUAAAUGGGAGGGGUUUGGAUUUAAGGUGAAUACAUUUUGAGAUGCAAAUGAUUCUUCGAGGAUUUUCUUUGAGGGAGGGGAGUCAUAGUAAUUUUGGUUAACUAAAUAAUGGUUUACUCUCCUUGAGCACUUUCCCUCAGACUUGCUUAACCAGGGCUAAAAUGUGACAGUUGCCAGCUUGCCAGUGGUGACUAAAAACCUAAAAGGGCGACCAAAACUAGAGUUUUAAUCACAUAAUAUGUGACUACAAUACAAAAAUUACAAAUAUUCAGCACAA